GUGACCAGCCAGCCGCGGCCGCCUGAUGCUCCCGAGCCACCUCCGCCUCACAACCCACCUGCUCCACGAUGCUGUAGUCGGCCAGCAGCUGCUCCUCCAGAAGGGAAGAGGGCAGCUGGAGAUGGAGCAAAGGGAAGGUCAUGGUCAGCAUCUUUGGGACUCCUUAUUAGCAAAUGGAUGGUCUCACUGAGGCUGAGGUGACACCGUGUUGACACACAGAGCCCUGCUGGCAUUGCCAGCAGGAGGAAAGGAAUCAAAGACCUGUCCAGUCCUUUUCCCACUGGGAUCACUGUCAGCUACAAAGGCUUCUGCAGUGGCCACAUCCUCAGUGGAGCUGCAGAACUGGGCAGCACUGCAGGGAAUGAUGGAAGGCUGAUGAGAUGGGGAAGAGAAGAUGCUGGUAGAAAGCUGGAGGGAGGCUGGGACAGGAUGCUUCAGGCCCCCAGAGACAGCCCAAGUCAGUUUCUGUACUGAUUUGAUCCCUGCCAGAAGCAGUUGAAGCAUUUCUUCAGCUUCUCACCAUUUCAAAGUGCGAUGGAAGAGGUCUCAAGCAUCCAUUUGGGAAUCAAUGAAGACAGUGCAAUGGUUCAGGCUGAGACCUGGCCUAAGAAUACACCAACAGGAUGGUUUUAAGUAUUUUUCAUCUGUUUCCAGUCAUUCCCACAUGUCUUGCCUAGCUCAGACAGAGAAGUCCAUGGCAGCAGUGUGGGAAAUAGGACUGCAGCCUCCUGUGCCCUCACUAUUGGCAUUAGAGUGGUCUCAACCUGCUCUGUGUUUCACUACCCUGGGGACACAGAUGUGUAAAAGUCCUACAAUGUAUGAUUAAAAAUGCUGAAAACAGGCAUCCAAACCGAUAUAUAUAGGAUGAUUUUCCUCCUGUUCUGGAAAACCUAAAGGGAAUCAAAACACCUCUGUAAAAGCAAUCCAAAAGCAGCCUGCUAACCCCAGGGAUAACCAGUAGUUUGUGGUCAGGAAGGGGAGAUGUUUGCCAAUUUGAAAUGACCACUGCACACUCAGGAGGCAUUUGGAAUACCAUCCAAAUCUCACCAGCUGCAGCAUUUGGCCACUCUGCAUCUCCCACUGCCCAGGUGGGGAUCUGAGGGCCAGGUGUAUCAAACAGUGAGACUCUGCAAAGAUGCUGCAAUAAAGCUGAGCCUAAGCACACCUGGUGAAAAGAGAGUAUUCAAGCCAGAGCAGGAUCCUCCAGCAGGUACAGGACAACCAACAGGCAUGGGAGAGUGGGCUGGGAAAAGCACUGCCCUUCCUAAAGGGAUUAGGAGCAGCCAGUUCUGCUUAUGCUCCCCACAGCAAGGGCACGUAAGGACACAGCACAUGGGUAAGACCAAGGUGUGUUUUAAUGUGGUUCGGAUGCAGUUAGGCUUGCUGAGUGAACAUUGAGCCUGGGGUCUUGAUUGUUCACAUUAUCCCCUCUUCCUCCUCCUAGGAAUACAUUCUCCUGGUUUGGGGUGUGAACGGGGCAGGCACGGUUCCGGGGAUGCUGCUGGAGUCCCAGACAAGCAGUUACUCAGGUGUGCUCACAUCAGACAUGUUCAGUGCUGAUUUUUGCAGACUUAGCAAGGUGAGCAGCUGUUCUUUGGAUGGGGGCUCAGCAAAUUAAAUUUCCUGAUGUGCCUGCAGCCAGCAUGAGCAGAGACAGCAGAGAGAGAGGCAUGAUCCAACAGCUGAGCUUUCACACACAUUUCACCUGGAACAGAUCAUUUUAUAUCAAGGAGUCUCUCUGUGUUGACACACAAACAUGAGCACCUUGGUGACCUCAUACAGGGUUAAAUGCCUGACCAGAAGUGUCUGAAACAGCAACUAAAUGUACCCAAAGCACCAACAAACUGUGUACUUUAGUGGCAUUCAAAGCCAGCAAUUGGAUCAAGAAAUUGGCAAGAGUCCCAAAGAGUUACACAGGUGUAGUCAUAGAGAAAUGUCCAGAGGUAAAAUUAAUUACCAUGAAUUUCAGGGAAUUGCAUUCCAUAUUUUCCUUCAGGUCUUAAUCUAAGCAAUCUCCUCUGAAGCAUCUGGAUGUAAUCUGCUGGUCUCCAAUUCUGGCACUAUUGAGAGGUGCCUGUGUUACUGAAAGAAUUACAAAACGGUUUGGGUUGGAAAGGAACAUAAAAAUCAUCCAGUUCCAACCCCGCUGCCAUAAGCAGGAAUGCCACUGGGUUGCUCCAACCUGGACUUGCACUCUGCCAGGAAUGGGGCAUCCACAUCUUCUCUGGGCAGCCUGUUCCUCACCAUCAUCUGCAAAAAAAUUUCUUUCUAUUAUCUAACCUAAACAUCUCCUCUUUUAGUUUAAAACUGCUACCCCUUGUCCUGUCACUAAAUGUCCAGGUAAAAAGUCAUUCUCCCUGUUUUUUAUAAGCUCCCUAGAAGUACUGAAAGGCUGCAAUAAGAAGUCUCCAGAGCCUUUUCUUCUCCAGGCUGAACACCCCAGCUCUCCCAGCCUGUCUCCACAGCAGAGGUUCUCCAACCCCCAGAGCAUCUUUGUGGCCUCCUCUGGACCUGCAAUUUCUGUCAUGUUGAAGGCUCCAAACCUGAAUGAAGCCCUCCAGGAAGGGUUCCAUGAGGACAGAGAAGAGUAGAAAGGUACACUCUGUUCUUACCUGGAUCACUGGAAAUUUCCAGAUAUGGAAUGCAGUAUGAGAAGAGGAUGCUGGCUAUCUCAUCAGACACAGAAGUUGUGACUUUUCUUCCCAGGUGCAAGCCAAACUAGCAAAAUUCAAUUAUUCUGAGGGACAGACUCUGCACAACACUAAUUCAGGUGGUUCAGGGCAGACAGUGCAUUAAAACUUCCUUCCAGAGGAAUCCCAGCCAUGAGAGGACAACUCAUGGAACAGCCCGAUGGAAACACAGCACAAAACAUCCUACUGAGAUCCUGUCCUCCUCAGAAAAUCCUCAGGAGGUUCACCUAAACUGAUGGUAGGGCUCUGAGCAUCCUCAGCACUUGUUUCUCCAGUAUAAUAUCUGUAGUUUGGGAGGUUUCAGCUUUUUGAGCUCUUUUGGGCAGUAUAUUUGAGCAGUUUGUGCCAUCUAGUGGUCAAAUUAAUUUCCCAGUCGAUAUUUGUACAAAAAAAAAAAAAAAUUAAACCACAUUUAGUGGUUGAGAGAUGACUGAAGUAAGGGGUUGCAAAGUUGUUUUUUAAAGUAACUUUUUUAUAAAGAAACUUUUUAAUCUCUUCAAAGCAGCAGUGAUUUGCUUCCUGUUCCAAAGGCCCAGAUGACUCCAGAACAGCUUUAAGUUUCUGAUGAGACAGGACUGGUCACCCUAAACUAGGGGCACGUGAAUAAAAAAUGUGAAUAAAAAAUGUGAAUAAAAAAAUAGAAAUAAAGAAUAAAAAAAAAAGUUUAUAUACAAAAUUCAAGCUAAACUUGGUACCAUCAACACAGCAAAGACUGGCUGCACUGUCCUGCUGCUCUCACAGCUCUGGAGAAGCCCUGACAGCCACAGCUAAAAUUGCACUCAUUGAAGCUUUUCCUAAGCUAACUUUGAGCUGCUCAGGUGUCUCCAACAAUCCUUUCUUUGUGGAAGAGUGGAAGGGAUACCCCAACAACUUUUCCCAAAAGGCAUCUUCCUCCCUUCUUCCCCCCUUUUGCUUUGCUCUCUUUAUCUCAUCACUUUAAGCACCCAAAGAACCAGGGAGGCAAAAAACCUGUUUCAAAAGCACCCAGCAGCAACGUGCACCUGAAAAUAUCAUCAGAUGUUCUCAUCUGACUGAUUUUGCAAAAUUGGAACUAUCACACCAUCAGCUAUGAUUUUUUUCCCCAGCAGAAUGGAAAAAGGGGUAUUUGUGUGGGUCAGGGUCCAGCCCCAAGGUCUCAGCCCGCCCCUGUGGGUUGGCUGGGUGGGAGGGCCCUUGGAGGAACCUCCAUCACACUGAGAUCCAAACUUCGCCUCCUUUGCUAUAAACAGACGAGCUGGAGCUCUUGCUGAGAUCUUUUGAAGUUUUUGGAUACUGCAAGCUCUGUGCCUAGCAGGAAAUUAGUCAAACAUCACGGGAAGCUACAAAAGCAAGGAGUGAGCCUAUCCAAUCCAGGGCUGUUAUCGAGUGAAGACACUAUUUGGAUAACCCUUGCUCAGGCACCCCAGCUCAGGCUUGUGUUGCAAGGCUAAUAUUUACCCAUGGCCUAAACAAAGUCAGCAUUUCAGAACUUUGCUCAAAAUGCUGCACAAACCUGGGCUGUUUCCUUGAACUUGUCUUAGAGAAGGGAAGAACCUGUGUGAGCUGCUCUCAGGAGGAAACAAGCAGGAAGAAAAUGAAGAAUCUGAGCAGCUUCUUGGUUUUGUUCCUCAUUUCUGGAGUUGGGGGCUUUGAUUUGGUGAUCGGUGACAUCCCAGAUGAAGUGGAAAACCUGAUUGAUCUGGAAAUUGAUGGAUUUCCCUCAAGCUCCAAGGCCAGAAAUGGCAGGUACCAGCGGAGCACAUCUGACUGGGGGUACGAUGGAGAUCUGGUGGAGGAUGAUGACAAGGUGGGUCUGUACAGCUACAAGGUGCAAUCCACCAUCACAUCCCGGCUGGCCAACACCAUGAUCCAAGCCAAGAUGGUGAACAACGCCAGGCGGCCCCAGCCCAUCAUGUUCGACGUGCAAGUCCCCAAAGGAGCUUUCAUUGACAACUUUACCAUGGAUAUCAAUGGUAUCACAUUUACCAGCCAUAUUCGGGAAAAAUCUGAAGCCAGAAAAAUGUAUGCUCAAGCAAAAGCCAAAGGCAAAGCUGCUGGAAUAGUCAGGAGCAAUGCCUUGGACAUGGAAAACUUCCAAACCGAAGUGAAUGUGCCCCCAGGAAUGAGGAUCCAGUUCCAGCUUCACUACCAUGAAAUGAUCCGAAGGAAGCUGAGCUCCUACGAGCACGUCAUCUCUGUGAAGCCAGGACGCCUGGCCAAGCACUUGGAGGUGGAUGUCCGCAUCAUUGAGCCACAGGGACUGCGCUAUGUGCACGUUCCUAAUUCACUUGGAGAUCAUUUUGAUGGAAUCACCACCAUCUCCAAGGGAGAGAAAAAGGCCCAUGUUUCUUUCAAGCCAACAAUGGCUCAACAGCGAAAAUGCCCCAAGUGCUCAUCCACGGCCGUGGAUGGAAAUUUUGUGGUGCAGUACGACGUGAACAGAGAAACCACAGGGGGAGAACUGGAAAUUUUUAAUGGCUAUUUUAUUCACUUCUUUGCUCCGGAAAAUCUUGAUCCACUGCCCAAAAACAUUUUAUUUGUUAUAGAUGUCAGUGGCUCGAUGUGGGGAAUAAAAAUGAAACAAACCAUCGAGGCCAUGAAGGCAAUAUUGAGUGAGCUCCGUGCUGCUGACCAGUUCUCCCUGAUCGACUUCAACCACAACGUGCGGUGCUGGAGAGAUAAUCUGGUCUCAGCCACCCCGUCGCAGGUGGAAGAUGCCAAGAACUACAUCCAGACAAUCCAUCCCAACGGGGGCACAAAUAUCAAUGAAGCUCUUCUCCGAGCCACUUUCAUCCUGAACGAAGCCAAAAGUUUAGGCAUGCUGGACCCAAACUCAGUUUCCAUGAUUGUAUUGGUGUCUGAUGGAGACCCAACAGUAGGUGAGCUGAAGCUGACAACAAUCCAGAAAAACGUGAAGCAGAGCAUAAAGGAUGAGUUCUCUCUCUUCUGCCUGGGGAUUGGGUUUGAUGUGGAUUACGAUUUCCUGCAGAGGAUCGCAACUGACAACCGAGGCAUGGCCCAUAGGAUUUUUGGAAAUCAGGAAACUUCUCUCCAAAUGAAGAAUUUCUACAACCAGGUCUCCACCCCGCUCCUGAAGAAGAUUCAGUUCAACUACCCCCAGGAGUCAGUGUCAGACGUCACCCAGAGCAGCUUCCACAACUACUUUGGUGGCUCUGAGAUAGUUGUGGCCGGGAAGGUCGACACGGAAAACCUGCAGCACUUGGAGAGCGUCGUCACAGCGACUGCAGCAAAUGCAGAGCUCGUCAUGGAAACCCUGAGAGAUGUUGAAGAGCUGGAUGGAUUCAUGAAGAAGGACAAAUAUGCAGAUCCUGAAUUCACCAGGAAGCUGUGGGCCUAUCUUACUGUCAACCAGAUGAUGGCAGAGAGAAACGCAGCCCCCACCGCAGCUUUGAAGAGGAACAUCACCAAAUCCAUCCUGCAGAUGUCUCUGGACCAUCACAUCGUCACCCCCUUCACAGCCAUGCUGAUAGAGAAUGCUGAGAAGGAUGAGAUAAUGCUGGCAGACCAGCCUAAAGACCCCAGGAAGGGCUGCUGCCCAGGUACCCUGGGAUUGACUCCAAAUGCACCCAACAACAACAAAGGGAUCCCAGCCUGGGCCAAUGUCACAGCUGUGCCAGUCAGCUUCAUGCCUGAGCAAAGGAGCCCACCUGUGUCCUCUCUGAGCAUCAACAGAGUGGACAAUGACCCACAUUUCAUCAUACACCUGCCCAAGAGCCAAAGGAACAUCUGCUUCAACAUCAACUCAGAGCCUGGGAAGAUCCUAAACUUGGUUUCUGAUCCUGGCACUGGAGUUGUGGUCAAUGGGCAGCUCGUUGGGGCCAAGAAAGCAGAGAAUAAGAAACUCAACACAUACUUUGGCAAGAUUGGGUUUUAUUUCCAAAAGAAAGGCCUGAAAGUGGAGAUAACCACGGAAACAAUCACGCUGAAAGAUGGCUCGUAUGCCCUCACACUGACCUGGGCUGACACAGGGCACAUCAUUCGCAAACAGCUCCUCAUAUCUGUGAAGAAAGAAAGCAAUGUUACCAUCACUGUGGGGGAGGAGAUGUCCUUCAUGGUUUUGCUGCACCGUGUGUGGAAGAAACACCCAGUGAAUGUUGACUUCCUGGGAAUCUACAUUCCCCCAGAAAACCAGUUCUCUCCUGCAGCCCAUGGGCUGAUAGGUCAGUUUGUGUCUGAACCAGAAGUGUCAAUCCACCACCAAACUCCUGGGCAAGCUCCAGAGAAACCACAAGCCAUCAUGGAAGUGAAGGGCAACAAGUUCACUGUUACCAGGGGCGUGCAGAAGGACUACAGGACAGACCGUGUGCUGGGGACUGACGUGCUGUGCUGGUUUGUGCACAACAGUGGCAAAGGCUUCAUAGAUGGCCACUACAGGGAUUACCUGGUCCCCCAUCUCUACAGCUUCAUGAAGAAACCCUGAAUGCUCCAGUUUAGUACAAAAAGUUCCCAUCUGCUCCUUCAUGCCCAAACAACUCCUGUGAGCAGCAGCUGUCACAGCAGGGUGACUGUGGGCAACCCCACCACUGUUUGUUUUGUUUUAUGAAUGUUUCAAAGACAUGUAAACUCCCUUUUCUGCUGAGAAAUUAAAUCUGGAAUAAAGUGACAUGCUGGGUUGGA